CACAUUACUUACCAUGUUUCCAAUUUCACUUUCAAUUAAAUAUUUUUAAAAAUCUCAUCCGUGCUAAAUUUCAUUUUCACCAUACACUAAAAAUAAACCAAAAAAAUUGUAGCAGCAUAUACUAACACAAAUUUUAUGCACCUACGAGGAAGCCACGCAUAAUCACAUAUCUAUAAAUACCAUUCAAUGUCACAAACAAAUUUUCACACUAACAUUGACAUAUAUAUUUCAUUAAAAAAAAAAACUAUAGUGUAUAAUUUGCAUGAACAAUGUCUUCAACUGGUGCUGCUAGUUCUGCUUACAGAGGAGUCCGCAAGAGAAAAUGGGGAAAAUGGGUGUCCGAAAUUCGCGAGCCAGGAACCAAAACAAGAAUCUGGCUCGGAAGCUUCGAGACACCGGAGAUGGCAGCAGCUGCCUACGACGUCGCUGCGUUGCAUUUUCGAGGACGUGAGGCCAGACUCAACUUCCCUGAACUCGCAAACACUCUUCCUCAUCCUUUAAGCAACAAUGCUGAUCACAUUCGUAUGGCAGCACAUGAAGCGGCUUUGAGUCUCAGAGCUAACAUGUUGACGCCAUCAGAUAACACCAGUAGAACUGACUCUGACUCGGGUGCAGGUUUAGUCAGUUCUACUGAUAAUAUGGUGGCGCCAAUGACAGUAAGACUCUCUCCGAGUCAAAUUCAGGCUAUCAAUGAUUCGCCGAUGGAUUCGCCUCCGACGUGGAUGCAAAUGUCACACCAUUUCAUGAUGGAUGAUCAAAGCUACUUGUUUGGGAACAAUGGAUAUGAUUUUGAAGAGAAUUAUGAAUGGGAGGAUAUGCAGCAGAGUGAUUCUCUUUGGGAUCCUUGAUUAACUUGGAUGAAAGAAACAAGUAAAGGACGGUGAGUUUUGGAUGAUAAUUAUUGAUUUUUUUUCAGAAGUGGAAUACAGAAGAUUGAAUAUUUGUGGAGAUAUAAAUGGAAGUUAUUAUUGGCAUAAAAUUUAAUUUGUUAUAUUAUAGGGAGUGUGGUUUUAGAUAAGGUAUUAUUUUUGGAGGGGUCCAUUAAUUUAACUAUUUUUGGGAGGUGUAUGGUUAGAUUUAUUUAUAGUGGAUGGUAUUUAUUUGUAUACAUAAAUGGGGCACAAAGUCUGUUUUUGAUAGGCUGUGGGAGGGAAAGUGUGUGCCUGUGUGGUGUGGUUAUCAAAAUAUUAAUGUUAAUUUAUUUAAAUUAAGUUGGUGUAUUAGAAGUACAUUUGUCAAGCAGAUGAUAUUAUACUGGUAUGUGAUGAUGUGUUGCUUCUGAGAUGGUUUCUUGUGGGGUUAUUUGAUCUCUUUUGAAAUUUUGGUUUAAAAAUAGUUAUUUCAUAUUUGCUACUAACGGUGAAAACUAAGGCAUGGAGAAUCACCAUAAAUGAAUAAAAC